AUGAAAAUUGAAGAAUAGGGAAAUCAUAUGAGCUAAAAUCAUGCUGGUUCAAUGUAUGGAGCCAAGAAAGUAUGGUAUUGCAUAAUAGCUCAGAAGACAUAUUAAUCAACUUAGAAAAAGAGAAGGAGUUCACCAAAAAAUGGAUUUAUUAAAUGGUAAUUACUACUUAAAAAGUGGUAACAAGAGAAUGUAAGUCUGCAAAAGAAAGAUAGUAAAAAGAAGGAUGCUGUUAUUGAAGAACCUAAAGAGGAUUCUAACAUAAAAAAAAGCUAUAUACUAUCAAAAAAAAUCUCAGAGAUAUAAGGUUCUUGGCAUUUUGGAUGUAUUACUGACAGGCUAGCAAUAAGAAGAAGCUGCAAAAAAAUUAUACAGUAAACAAGAAGGAAAACUAAUCUAUAAAAAAAGUAAAAUUAAAUUAAAGAAUAAUCUGUAAAGGAUGAAUAUGUUUAAAAUUAUCUUGUUGAACUAGAGCAAGUAAUGCUUCAUGAGAAUGAUUUAAUGGACAUUGAAGAUGAGAUGAUGAUGGGUAAACAUUUACCUUGCCGAGAACUAUUUGAUGAAAAGUAGUAUUAAUUAAUACCAUUCAUUGUUAAAAUGUCAUACCUAGAAAAAACAAAUGAGAAACUGAAAGGUUACUUCAAAUCAUAUGAAGAAAAAAUAACAAAAAUUUCAGUUAGGAGAAAAAUGCCUAUCAAAAAAUAGAUCUUGCAAUUGGUUUAAUAAAAGCAUAAACUCUUAUAUAAAAGCUCAUAAAAAUAUAUUUCAAGAGGCUAAAGAUUUCUUGAAAGCUUAUAUUAUGGUCAUAUAUUGAAAGUUUAUACUCAUUUAUUUGAUGAGAACAGGAGCAAAAAUGAAAUGAGUUAAAUGAGAGAAGCAUGA